AUGCCACUCGCAAAAAAAUAUAAUGAUGUGCAUUCGAGUCGAGCAAGCUUCAGUAACGCAAAAAAUCAACCUAGUAGGACUUCGACACCUGUCAAGACUCAAGCAACCCUUUUAUCUUAUCUCCAAAAGAACUUACCUACUCCCAACUCUAGUGGAGAUAGAAAAGUAACAAAAAAGGAUUUUAUAAUACAAGCACCCGUAACUCCAAUUACUCCGAGCUCUAACUUUGGUCAAGUCUUAGAGAGGGAAAGUUCAAGCUUAACUGAAGAGUUUGAAGAGUCAAGCCUUGAAAAAAGAAGUUCAAGGAAGCCAAAGACACAAGAUAAAAUAUUGAGUAAUAAAAGAUUAAAAAAUGAAGAACUUGAUUAUAUGGAUGAAGAUGAGAAAAAUAUUGAUGAUUGUGAUUACAAUGAUAAGUCCAAACGGGCUAUCGAAAAUCAACAAAAUAAAAGAAUUUCAGUCGCAUUUGCUUCUAAUUCAACUACUCGUCGUGAUUUAUCUUUCUCUUCUUCAGCUCGUAUGACUGAUUCUGAGAAAAAAAAGCAACGUGUGGCAGAUUUUAAAGCAAAAAAUGAUGACCGUUAUAGUUGGUUGCUGAAUGUCAAAGAUGCAGAUGGAAAUCCUGAAGGAUCACCAAAUUAUGAUCCAAGAACAUUAAAUAUUCCUAAAUCAGCCUGGGAUAAAUUUACACCAUUUGAGAAGCAAUUCUGGGAAAUUAAAUCACAACAUUGGGAUACAUUAUAUGAACGUGAUGCCGACAUUGGUCAUUCGGAAUUCGAUCUUAAGCUUACAGAUCGUGUAAACAUGCGCAUGGUUGGCGUACCUGAGAUGUCAUUUGAAUCUUGGGCCGCACAAUUUAUUGCCAAAGGGUACAAGGUUGCGAGAGUAGAUCAAAUGGAGACAGCAUUAGGAAAAGAAAUGCGUGAGAAAUCCAGCAAGAAAAAGGAAGAAAAAAUCAUUCGUCGUGAGUUGGCAACUAUUCUCACCGCUGGAACUAUAGUCGAUGGCGGACUAUUGACGAACGAUAUGUCGACCUUUUGCAUGUCAAUUAAAGAAUCAUGUGAUUCAGAAAACGACCCUCCUGCCUUUGGAAUCUGCUUUGUUGAUACCGCAACUGCGGAAUUCCAUUUAACAUCUUUUGUUGAUGAUUUUGAUCGAACCCAAUUUGAAACGUUGAUUAUGCAAGUGAAGCCGAAAGAAAUUGUCCAUGAAAAAGGAAGGCUUAGUCAACGAACAUUGCGCAUAUUGAAAAAUUGUACCAGCCACACGAUUUGGACGGCACUUAAACCAGAUGUAGAGUUCUGGGAUGCCAACACGACUUAUGACGAAAUUAGACUUUCUCGAUACUUUUCAAAAAAUAAUAAGAAAGCAUUUGGUCAAGAAGAGGACGAAGAUGUCAUUAUGGAAGACAAUAACAACGAUGAAAUAAUGGAAAAUCUGGAUAGUGACGAUCCUAACGACACGUGGCCUAGUGCAAUAAAAGAAGCUAUGCGAAAGCCAUUAAUGUUGUCUGCCUUAGGUGGUCUCAUUUGGUAUUUACGUUCGUUGAAACUCGACGCAGAACUUGUAUCUCUCAAAAACUUUCAUAUAUAUGAUCCCAUUCGUCAAUGUUCUUCUCUCAUUCUCGAUGGUCAGUCUUUAGCAAAUCUAGAAAUAUUCGAGAAUAGCAUAGAUGGUAGUGAUCAUGGAACAGUAUUCAAGUUAUUAAAUCACUGUGCUACUCCAUUCGGAAAACGAACUUUUAAAAACUGGUUAUGUCAUCCACUUCGUGACAUUGACGCCAUUAAUGCACGUUUGGAUGCAGUAGAGGAAUUAAACUCAGUUCCUGAAUUUCGGAAUUCAUUUUACCUCAACUUUUCUCAUUUUCCGGAUCUUGAACGGUUAAUUAGUAGAAUUCAUGCAAAAACAUGUAAAGUGAAAGAGUUCUUACUCGUAUUGACAGCUUUCGAUAAAUUAAUGAAAACAGUUUCACAUCUUGGUGACUUUGCACAAAAGUUUAAAUCGAAUAAAUUACUUAAAUUGUUUGAAAAAAUUCCUAAUUUGACACCCACGCUUUUAUACUUCAAAGAAGCAUUCGAUUACGGUAAAGCGGAAAAUGAAGGAAAUCUAAUUCCUUACACUGGUAUUGACAACGAUUAUGAUGAAAUACAAACCGAGCUUAAGGCAAUUGAUCAGAAACUAACUCAACACUUGGCUGAGGCAAAUAAACAAUUAAGAACAACGAAGGUUGUAUACAGGGAUGUUGGAAAAGAAAUUUAUCAACUUGAAGUCCCAAAUACAGUAAAAGUACCUUCAGAUUGGAAAAAAUUAUCUCGCACGCAGAAAGUCAAUCGUUAUUGGAAUCCAACUCUUCAGAAACUUGUUAGGGAUUUACAAGAAGCCCUAGAAGUAGAAUCUAAUGUUUCGAAAUCCUUGAACGGUAGAUUUUACGAAAAAUUCGAUGCUCAUUAUCACGAGUGGUUGCUUACAGUCAAAAUUAUUGCCGAGCUCGACUGUCUUUUAAGUUUAGCCAAUAGCUCUUCGUCAUUGGGUGAACCUUGUUGCCGACCUCAGUUUGUAAGGCAAGAUCCUAGUAUAUUAGAGUUUGAAGAACUUAGACAUCCUUGUGUCGUAUCCGGUAUCGUCAGCGAUUUUAUACCCAAUGAUACUUUUUUGGGAGGUGAUCAACAAAAUAUUAUACUAUUGACAGGCCCCAAUAUGGGUGGAAAAUCCACACUUCUAAGACAGAAUUGUAUUGCAAUCAUUAUGGCUCAACUUGGUUGCUAUGUUCCUGCUAAGAGAUGUCUUAUGACACCUUUUGAUAGAAUCUACACACGCAUCGGCGCUAAUGAUAAUAUUCUAGCCGGUCAAAGUACUUUCAUGGUAGAAUUAAGUGAAACGUCCAAAAUUUUGCAUGAAGCGACACCAAGAUCUAUGGUUAUUCUUGACGAACUUGGGCGUGGAACUUCCACAUUUGAUGGAUAUGCCAUCGCAUACUCUGUUUUACAUUAUUUAGCAACUCAAAUUGGUUGUCUCGGUCUAUUUUCUACACAUUAUGGCAUGCUCACUCAAGAAUUUUCCAAGAAUCCUAAUAUCGCACUCAAACAUAUGAGUUGUGAAAUUGAUCAAGAUCGAAAAGAAGUAACCUUUCUAUACAAAUUAGUACCUGGGGUUUGUCCCAAAUCUUAUGGAAUGAAUGUGGCUAACAUGGCAGGAAUUCCUCGUCAGAUUGUUGACCGUGCAGAAAUGAUUGCCUCAAAAUUUGAACAGACUUCUCGAUUGCAAGAUGUUUUGACCGCGAGGUCAAGUAUCCCAAUAACAACACACUGUGAUUUCGUUUAUCUAUUGAAAACUGCGGUCAAGAAUGGUGGUCCUUUAGUUGAAGAUGUGGGUGAUAGGGCUUUGGACAAUCAAACAGAACGCGAAAAGGAAGAGAGAAUCGCUAGGGUGUUGAAGGCAAUAAUGCAUGGAAUAAAGAUGAUGUGA